AAAACACCGGCGUAAAAAAGGGCGGAUCUAUCAAUGCUCAUACGAAAAUAAAUAAAUAAAUAAACUUAUAAAUGAGAAAUAACUCAGUCCUCGUACUAAUUUUCAUCUGUCCAGGCCUCUCCAAUUUCCCCCAUUCUCUCCAAUGGAGUCCACCUUCUUCAACCUUCCCUCAGAUCCCAAAACCCUAAACCCUUGCCUCUCCAAACUCCCCAAUCUCCCUUCAACCCUCAAAAAGAUCACAAAUUUCUCAACCCCAAGGCGGAAGUUCCCAUCUUUCAUCGUAAAAUGCUCAGCUUUGAACCCGAAACCUCAAAAAAUCCCUGAAAAUCCAGAACCCAUUCAAACCCAUGAGCCCAAGGUUCGGGUUCAACCUCCUCUCUGCACGAAAAUUGAGAAACUGGUGUUCAUGAAGAAGUUCAGAGAGGCCCUCGAGCUUUUCGAGAUUUUGCAAUGUAAUGGCCAAUCCCUCCCCGAUUCAACUUAUCAUUAUUUGAUCACCGCCUGCAUCGGGCUUCGAUCGAAUUGGGACGCAAAAUUGUUGCUUCGGCAUAUGAUUGAUUGUGGGCUUGAGUUUGAUCAGGACAUUAGGAAUAGAGUUCUUCUAAUGCACUUGAAAUGUGGGUUAGUUACUGAUGCCCGCCGACUGUUUGCUGAAAUGCCUGAGAAAGAUGUUGCAUCUUGGAAUAUAAUGAUUUCUGGUCUACUUGAUUUGGGAUCCUUUGAUGAGGCAUUUGACCUGUUUUUGAUGAUGUGGUCGGAGUGUUCGGAUGCUCGUGAUUCGAGAUCUCUGAUGAAUGGGAUCAGGGCUGCAUCUGGAUCGAGCUAUGCUUUUGUUGGUAACCAAUUACAUGCUCUUAGUUUCAAGUUGGAUCUCUACGAUAAUAGUUUUGUAUCUUGUGCUUUGAUUGAUAUGUAUGGUAAAUGCGAUCAUCUUGAAGAGGCUAAAUGGGUUUUUGAUGAGAUGAAAGAGAAGAGUGUUGUUGCUUGGAAUUCAAUUAUAAAAGGAUACGCUCUUCAUGGUUAUAGUGAAGAGGCUCUUGAUUUGUACUAUGAGAUGCAAGGUUCCGGUGUGAAGAUGGAUCACUUUACGUACUCGAUUGUUAUUAGCAUUUGUGCUCGGUUGGGUUCUUUAGAGCACGCGAAGCAAAUCCAUGCUGGUUUGAUUCGGAAUGGGUUUGGUAUGGAUUUAAUUUCUAACUCUGCUUUAGUUGACUUAUAUUGUAAAUGGGGGAGGAUGGAGGAUGCUCGAAAUAUCUUUGAUAGGAUGCCUCGUAAAAAUUUGAUUACUUGGAAUGCUUUGAUAGGGGGAUAUGGGGUUCAUGGAAUGGGUGAAGAAGCAGUUGCCAUGUUUUUAAAACUGGUGGAUGAGGGUUUACUACCCAACCAUGUAACAUACCUUGCAGUUCUAAAUGCUUGUAGUUACUCUGGAUUGUCAAGCAAAGGUCACGAGAUUUUUGAGCGUAUGUCAAAUAAUCCUAAGACGAAGCCUAGAGCAAUGCACUAUGCAUGCAUGAUUGAAAUAUUAGGUCGAGAGGGGCUCCUAGAUGAAGCUCUUAGUCUCAUAAAAAAUGCACCUUUUCCACCCACAAGAAACAUGUGGGGUGCACUGCUCACAGCUUGUAGGGUUCACAAAAACCGUGAGCUUGGAGAGUUUGCAGCCAAGAAGCUCUAUGGAUUGGAGCCACAAAAAUUAGGCAAUUAUGUCGUUCUUUUGAAUAUUUAUAAUAGUUCAGGGAGAUCAGAUGAGGCUGCCGAUGUUUUAGAAACAUUAAAAAGAAGAGGCUUGAGAUUAGUUCCGGCAUGUAGCUGGAUUGAAAUCAAGAAACAAUCUCAUAAAUUUCUCUUUGGCGAUAAGUCCCAUCCAAAGAGCAUCGAGAUCUAUAAGAAAUUGGAAGAGUUAAUGAAGGAGAUUGGUAAAUUAGGCUACUCACAUGGAGGAAAAUGUUUACUUCCUGAUGUGAAAGAGGAAGAACAGAGGUUUUCAGGUAGUCAUAGUGAAAGAUUAGCUAUUGCUUUUGGUCUCAUUAGUACUCCAAGCUCGAGUUUGCUACAAGUGGUGCAAGGACACAGAGUUUGUGAUGAUUGCCAUGAUGCUAUAAAGAUGAUUACAACAGUGACAAAAAGGGAGAUUGUCUUGAGGGAUGCAAGUCGCUUUCACCAUUUUAAAAAUGGAUCUUGUUCCUGUAGAGAUUACUGGAGUGUGUCAAGACACUGAGAUCCACGACUACAUGAAGGGGUGGUUGACUGGAGAAUACUGACUGCAUACACAAUGUCAUCCUCUUGAUGGACUUCAGGUAACAUAACCGACAUAUUCAGGUUCCAUCUGAAAAAUGAGUCAGGAUAUUAGGACUUUUGAUUGUAUAUAGCCUGCACUCAAAUCAAUGAUCUAUUUUCAUUUUAACAAUAAUUGCAUGACACAACCACAUAUUUACAUAGACGCACUCUAUGUGGCUUAUCGUGCAAGAUCAUUCUGUGGGGUCUGAACUUGGAAAACCAGUUGAGGUUUUUAUCAACAGGUGGGAUCAUGCUUUUGUUGGUUAGGUGUUGAGAAAAGAGAAUUUAUGGAGAAUAGCUGCUAGGAUUUUUGUAAUUACUCUGUAGGUUAAAUUUCAACUAGCGGUACAACAAUUGCCUCUGUAGCUCUUCUGUUAA